CUUUUUGCUCCGGUAUCCUUCAACAGCUUGACUAUGGUUUAGUUGAAUGCCAGGCCUUGGUUUUGGCACCUACUCGUGUGCUGGCUCAACAGAUUGAGAAGGUUAUGCAAGCACUUGGAGAAUUUCUUGGCGUGAAGGUACAUGCUUGUGUGGGUGGAACCAGUGUUCGUGAAGACAAGCGCAUUCUGUUGAGUGGGGUUCAUGUUGUUGUUGGCACUGUUGGGCGUGUGUUUGAUAUGCUGAAGAGACGGUCACUUCGUCCUGAUUACAUUAAGAUGUUUGUACUAGACGACGCAGAUGAAUUGCUUUCUUGUGGUUUCAAGGAUCAGGAGGAUUUGUUUGGUUCAAUUAAAAGGUGAACUGGGCCAGGAAGAUGGUUGAACAGAUAGUGGGUUUAGUAAAGUAGGGAAGAGGGGUUGAUGCAGGAACAUAAUGGGGCAAGUAUAUUUGGCAACUAUAUGGGUGACACGCGGCAUUUUAUCUAUAUUUCCAAAUGUCUUAUUAAUUUCUAGUCGAAGUUUUAUUUGCCAUUGAUAUUAGAUAUAGCCUAUUAUUAUAUAGUAUUGUUUGUGUAUGUUGUUAA